GGAGGGAGGAACUGUUUGCCACACUCUUGUUGAUUGUGGAAGUGAGCGAGGUGGUGUGCCGAGCAGCUAGUUGUUACUGUGAGCGAGAGGCGGUGUGCCGAGCAGCGAGUUGUUACUGUGAGAGAGGCGGUGUGCCGAAUAGCUAGCUGUUACAGUGAGUGAGAGAGAACACUAGACGGAUCUCCUCCAGUUGUGUUCUGUUUAUCACACCUGGCUGUGCCAGUCUUGUCUGGGUUCUAAUUGCUCCUGGUCAGUGGGCCCAACUGAGCGGGGUCAGUGCCAGCGUUGCUGGCCUGGAUGGCAUGCCGGUGAAGCCACAGACUGUGGACUCUGCAAUAGCCGACUCAGUAAUCAACCUGUCAGCAUCCAGUAAAAGCACUAUGGAGAACGGGGACAUAGUCAAAGGCGUGCUGACCAAUGGCCGGGACUCUCAAAAGCAGACGGUCAUGUCCCUCACCAACGCACAGUCACAGGCUCUACUGCAACAGUUGACCCUGUCUCCAGCACAGCAGCAGCUGUUUCUCCAGCAGGCUCAGGCCCAGCUCCUUGCAGCAGCCGUUCAGCAGCACUCUGCCAGCCAGGCCCAGAACAGCAGCACCACGGGGGCCGCCAUCUCUGCCUCCGCAGCCACCCCCAUCACCACCCAACUCCCACUCUCCCAGCCCAUACACAUCACUCCUCUCCAGCAGCAGGGCCUGCAGCAGUUUGUGUUGGUCCAGCCAGGUCAUUCCAUGGCCACCCAGCUACAGCCACAGUUCUUCAUCUCCCAGACUGCACAGGGACAGCCCAGUAUGUUUCAGUAUCAUAAUCUCCUGCAAGCCCAACAUGUUCUCACUCAACUACCUCAGAGCCAAGCCAACCUCCUACAGACUCCAACCAUCACAAUCGCCCCACAGCCGGCCACGCCCACGCGGACCACCCCCGGCCAGACUCCGCCCCCUAAGGGUCUGGGCACGCCCACUCUGGAGGACGCCAAUGAUCUGGAGGAGCUGGAGAUUUUCUCCAAGGCCUUCAAACAGAGGAGGAUCAGACUAGGCUUCACACAGGGUGACGUGGGGCUGGCCAUGGGGAAGCUGUAUGGUAAUGACUUCAGCCAGACCACCAUCUCCCGCUUUGAAGCACUCAACCUGAGCUUCAAGAAUAUGUGCAAGCUCAAACCGCUACUGGAGAAGUGGCUCAAUGAUGCAGAGAAUGUGAGCUCAGAGUCCAGCCCGAGCCUCAGUCCCCUGGGCUCUGGCCACGGCUCACCCAGCCUAGCUUCUGACCUCAUCAACCGGCGCCGCAAGAAGAGGACCAGCAUCGACACCAACAUCCGCGUGGCCCUGGAGAAGAGCUUCCUCCAGCAAAACCAGAAGCCGUCGUCAGACGAGAUCUCCCUGAUAGCAGACCAGCUGAACAUGGAGAAGGAGGUGGUCCGGGUGUGGUUCUGUAACCGCCGGCAGAAGGAGAAGCGGAUCAACCCUCCCAGCAGCUCAGCUUUCCACAAGUCCAUCUUCUCGUCCCCCACUACUGCCAGCCUGGUGAACACUGUACCCCAGACCACUGUGACCGUCACCCCCUCUCUGCCUGUCACCAGCUUCAGCCUCACAGGCACGACCCUGGCAUCAGCCACCAGCAACACAGCAUCCGUCAUCUCCAGCACCCAUACAGUCCCCUCUAUGUCCCUCACACCCUCCUCCUCCGUGACAACCAUGUCACAGCCAGCCGUUACCAUGACGCAGGCGGGGCAGAUGCUCUACAGCAACGGAGGGGGUCUGGCAGCAAUGGCGGCUGCAGCGGCGGGAAUCAGCCCGAGUCUCAUGCCCUCAUCGCAGUUCAACACAGGGGGGGCUUUACUGAACCUAACCACUGGAGGUUUUGGAGGAGCACUAGCCACCAUCCAAGGUGUGUUGAGUGCUCUGGCCUCCAGCGGGUCCUUCCCCAUCACCACCCUGGACGGGAACGGGAACCUGCUAUUCGCUAACACCAGCACGUCCGGCUCCGCCCCCAGCAUGGUGAACACGCCCCUCUUCCUGAACCCCCAGAGCAUGUCCUUAUUGGCUAGUAACCCUGUCAGCUUCAUCCCCGCUAGUGCCCUCAACCUGCAACUCACCGCCGGCACCAACACCAUCACCACGGCAACCACACCAGUCAACACCAUCGUCAGAGCCUCUAAGGCCCAAUGAAUUAACUUGCGGUCGCGUCCAUCCCCAUUUCUUCAUUGGUCGUUAUUUAAUCUUUGUUCAUUUUGCUACCACCAAAAAGUUGUUGGAAAAAUAUUCUUAAGAUGUUUUCCUCCCUAUCUCUGCCACAAGGGGUCCUAUCGGUCCUUUCAAAGAUUGAUUGAGGUUUGGGAAUAGCAUCUAUUAUUAUUUUUUCCCUCAGAACUGCUUCUAAAACCAAAAAUGUGCUUUUUGUUUUUAUUUUACUGAGUAUUGAAUGAAAUUGACACUGUUUAACUUUCUAGAGAGAUUUCAUGAUCUGUGUGUUAGGUUCUCUGAUUUUUAGUUUUAUUUGAGGGUGUGUUGUACAGGCCUUGACCGUUGACAUCAGAUUUAUAACUAAAGAUUACAUUUCUCUCUUGCUUGUUUUUCAUGUUAUCUAAAAAGGUUAGUUGUGUGCUCUCUGAUAUUUGCCGUUUGUACAUUUUCUGGUAAUUUUUCAAAACUUUUAUUAAAAGUUUUGUUGCUUUAACAUGGUUUUCAACAUAGUUCCAACUCUUUAAAAGGAAUCACUAGACAGUGAGAGAGCCUGGAAGCAGGCUUGCUAUGGAAGAGCAUUACGGCAGUCUCUGGGAAGAGUUAAAAACAAACAGCGGACUUCAAGAGGACUUGGAAUAUCCUUUAUCCAACCAAAAAACGUAGUGUACUAGUGGAACGUAGCAUAGGGAUUUAUCUAAAGGACCUCUCCAGAGCGGGAGAGAUUAAUGCAAUAUUUUGAAGGGGACUUUCCAAAGACUAACACAGAUGUUUCUCUCUGAUAUUCUCCUCCCUUAUGCCGAGGUCUAUAGAAGACUGAGGCAGGAUACCAAAAAGAGCGGAUGGAGAAGGUAGGGUGAGGUGUCAGUAGUAUAGUGGGGUUGCAUGGCCCAUACUGGAUCUCUGCCUUGGAUUACAUAGCAUGAUGAGGUCAAUAAGAUAUUUACAAGAGUAAUGAUCUUGAUGUAGUACUCAGGACAGCCAUUUCCCAGUGAGUCACUGCAUGUACAAGUUAAAGUGGAGAUUGUCCAGGUCUGGCCUUCUGAGCUUAUUCCUUCUCUCGUAAAACCAAAUAUGCUGCCACUAAAGCCCUGGGUACUGCAAUCAGUACUGACUCAACAUAAUGUAUUGAAAUACCUCAGCAGCAAGAAAAAAAGACAUACAGUCGAGCAAAACUGAAACCAUAAACUCCAAGAAUGUAGAAAUGUUUACCUGUUUUUUUUUUUUAGCUUUGCUGUACGUUUGAAACGGAGGCUGCAACAGAGAAUCACAUCUUGAUACACAUGAGCUGACUCCACAUGCACAGUAACUGCAGUGUCCAGUACUACUACUAUUAUGUAAUAUAGUCAUGGAAAUGGUAGUUGGUUCUUGUCUGAUCCUACAUACCAAAGCAUUAGAUCUUUCAUUUUGUAGCUGGUUUGAUGGGUAGAUCUUCUUGAUGGUGUUUGUUAUGGUGGUUUCCUGCAAAGCCUUAUGGGAAACGUAGUUGUAUCUGCUUACUUGAGUCUUUUUGUUGUGGGUUUUCUCUGCUAUUUUGACAUUUUUAAAAUAUGUAUCUGAGGGACAUAUGGGAGGAUUUUUACUUUACUUCUAGCGCUCUAUAUUCACACAAGUAAUAUAUACAUGAAAUAUUCCUGUUUUUAUAUCUGAACUAGUAGGGUCCUGUAAUUGAAUGUAGUGCAUUAUCUAACAUCCUCUCUAGGAUAGAAAUGUUUUAGUGUGACUCUGGACCAAAGUAAACCAGAGGGUGUGGACGGAUGUUUCUGUCCUUUUGUCUGUUGAUUUGCAGUUUAUUUGAUUUAACAAUUUAAAAUGCAUGAAAAAUGUCAGACCUGUUGAGGAUAUAAACACAAAGUCUAAAUCCUUGUUUCCAUUGUGGUCCUCUUGUAACUAAGGAAACGUACUCUGAAGCUGUCUUGCAUUUUGUUUUUGACUUUUUUGUAUGAGCUUUUCUCUCUCAAAUGUUUUCAAUCCAGAAGUUGUUUUCACAAUUUGUACCGUUCCAUUUGUUUUAUGCCAUUGUAUGUUUACAUCACAAGGGAGAAAAUAUUAUUUUUAUUUUUAUGGAUCGUAUAUAUGGUAUCUGCAGACUACUACUUGUAUGUUAAUGCAGGUUAUAAAACAACCUGUUUGUAAGGCUUUGCUGACAUCCUAACUGAUGGUUCCAGUCUUGGGGAUGGACAGGCUGGCUAGUGCUGUGUUCAGCUGUGACUGUUGGCAUAUUCAACACCAGGAGGCAGCAUCUCUCAAAAGAAACCAAAAACUAAAGUCAUAACGCUCUACCACACACAUUUAGAUCAGCGGUGCUGCUAUCCUUUGUAGUCCCUUUACCUGAAUGUUGUGCAGGUAGUCAUCACAUCUCUUACACGUUGUGUUAGUUUUGUUUGUACACCAAGAAAUGCAGGGGUCGGCAACAUACAGCCCGAGGAAGGUUUGAGGAAAAAACACUCCAGGGCACUUUUGAACGUCUAAAACUAGAAAAUAUGUAAAUAAUUAUAAUGGACCUAUAAGUUUAAAAAUAACUGCAAUUUUUCUGGACCACAAAUUGCAUUUGACGAACAAAUAGGACCCCAAAAAUAUGUGCGGCCUUCCACUGGAUUUUGGAAUCCCUAUGUGGCUCUCGAGCCGAAAUUAUUACCCACCGCUGAACAUUUGUUUGUUUCUACAUCAAGUAGAUGGUAUAUAUAUGUUCCUCCAGCUGUAUUCCAAAGCAGAAUCCUGUUAAAUGUUCUACACAAAUACCAAAGAAUAUUCUGGCCGGGAUUCAAUCCGAUCUCGGGUUAUAAACAUUGCGGUUUUUAAAGGCAAUUUCUGAUUGAGCCGGCAUAUGCAGCAUUUACCGUGAAUGGCAGGAAACAUUGCCUUUAAAAGCCGCCAUAGAUAUAUAUCCCGGGACCGGAUUGAAUCCCGGCCUCUGUGACGGUCUUUCCCACUCUCUUAACGCUCGUCUUUCUACUCUCGUCCCUACAGCGUAUUUAUACUGUAGUAGACCGAUACAGAACUAAGCACUGGCAUCCAAAGCGUAAUGUAUAUUUUGGUACAUUUCAGGGAAGAUAUCAUCGAGCAGAAAAUGUGUUGUUGAAAAGCGCUUAUUUGUUUGAGGUGUUGGUUUUUUCUCAUUCAGUAUGGAUGUCAAUGCAGAACUAUCUUACUGUUGGUAGAUGGUCAAAUGUAAGGUAUUUUUGUACGUUUUAGGAUCCAGUGCCUCAAUUCACUGCCUGUGUAUCGUGAUUUAAUACUUUUUAAAGAAAAAAAAAAACGACAAAACAUGUAGGCCUACAUAUCGCUGAAUAUAUCCUGUAAUGCAUAUAUUUUAUGACACCCACACAAGGUUGGGUAGGUUACUUUCUAAAUGUAAACUGUUACUAGUUAUCUGUGAAAUUCUAAACAGUUAAGUCAUUUUUAGAUUACCCAAACUAACGUAAUCUGAUUAAUUUAAUUUACUUUUGGUUACUGUUCUGUACACGUUCCAAAUCUGGUCCCUACUUCCUCCAGUCCCGUUUAGUGAGGUUGGAGUUGUCACGGUAACACCAGGUGGUGGACCCAUGGCUGUGGCAAUGAAAGGUAUGAUGUCGCUACUUGACAGACUACAUAGAUGCUGAACACACCCACUCAACAGUAUACUAGCUUACUACUGCUAUAUCAACUACUAUCACUCCACACUGUUGUUACAGGAACAAGAACUAUGUAGGGAGACCAUAGUGGUUUAACUAUGUCCUAUCUUGUCGACCUGUUUGUCUGCUGUAUUGGGGGGGGAUUACGUUUUUUUACUUACAAAUGUAUAUGAAAAAUCUCUUACUGUAACUUUGUUAGAAACAUAAUAAAAAUGUGUAACAUUGUU